CCAGUCAUUAGCGUCGCCUGCCAGCAGAAGAUUUGACAAAUAUUAAUUUAUUAAUAAAUAAUUGAAUUAAAUUCUAAUGAAAACAUAAAAUUUGUGACACAUUACGGUUGUCAAAAUGGGUUCAUCAAAAAAGCACAAAAAACAUAAAUCAGAACGCCGUGAAAAGUAUGAAGAAUAUAGCAACAAUAUGGAUCCUUCACAAUUGCAGAGAGGCUUAAAAUUGAUUUUAAAAGUCGGACCUAACAACACCCCUGAAUAUUCUGGAGGUAGCGGUGGCAGCGAAUGCAUACCAUUAACUUCUUCCCUGCUAGUAGGCCCACCGACUGCAGCUGAGGCAAUGUGUAGCAGUCCGUUAAUGUUAGAAGAUUUGGAAGAGUACCGCAAUGAAAAACAUAAAAAAUCUAAGAAAAAAAAGAAGAAGAAAGAUCGUGAAAAGAAACAUAAACAUCAUAAGGAGAAGAAGAGAGAUAAAAGUGAACGACAUACCAGUGCAAUCAGUCCACGUAGAGAAGCGUCUUCAAUAGAGAGCGCUGAAGAUUUAACGUUGAUCGUUAAUCAAGAUUCGCAAUCAUUAUCAGCUACGUUCCACUCACAACGCAGUCCAAAAUUUGGUUCUGUGGGUCCCCCAUCCAAUGUAAUGGUAGUUAGUGCAGAAGGCGACAGCAGCCAAGAUGAUUUCAGUUUUAUGGAUGACACUUCGCAACCUUUGCCAGAGAAUAUAUUAUUCUAUGCUGGUAUGACUACUGAAAAUUCCCCUUCUUGUAGACCUGUUUCUAAGCCAAUAGUGCCACGUAAAUGUGAUGAUAUAAUGUUGGGCUCGCCAGCCUCAUCUUCAUUGCAAAGUUCAUCUCUAGGAACGAAUAUUGGGGCGAGCAACUUAGGAAUAGGUAGUUUAAGUCCAACUAAACCCUUAUCAGAUCUAAUUAUACCAUCGCCAACCCCGUCUUUAUCAGCUUCAACACCCGGUGGCGCCAGCUCAACUGCAGCGCUUACUCCUAAAGCCUUAGAGGCUCCGAAAACCCCUAGCACUUCUAGUGAAUCAGGACGAGAGCCCCGUUCUUGUGUUUUAAAGUUGAAGCAGCAGAAAUCUCCUCUUAAUAAACUAUUAGAGCAUUUAUUACGUAUUUUGGAGAAGCGAGAUCCUCAUCAGUUUUUUGCUUGGCCUGUUACUGAUGACAUUGCUCCAGGGUAUUCACGAAUUAUUACCAAGCCUAUGGAUUUUUCCACAAUGCGUCAAAAAAUUGACGACAACGAAUAUUCGACACUUGUCGAAUUUACUGAUGAUUUUCGUUUAAUGUGCGAUAAUGCCAUUAAAUAUAAUCAUGUGGACACUGUAUAUCAUAAGGCGGCAAGACGUCUUUUGCAAGUGGGCUUAAAACAUCUGGCUCCAGAAAGUUUAAUGCGUAGCUUGAAACCCUUAUCAGGCUAUAUGAGAGAAUUAACUGCAAAGGAAUUAGGUUUUGAGUUAAUACAUGCUUCGGGGGAUUAUAGCAGUGUCGGCGGUUAUGAGCAUCAUGCUUUAGCUGAUUCAGCUGAUGAAGGAGCUUCCACGGGAGCCGAUGAGCCAUUGACACAAGCUCAAAUUGAGGAAGAAGAAAAACGCAAAGCUAUACGUUUGGAAAAUCAACCAAAAUCUCGGUACGAGCCAUAUGUAGAUGACUUAACUUCCGAAGAGAUACUGGCUCAAGUUCAAGGAGCAGCACAAGCUGCUAAAAAGCGCUUAACGACCAAAGAGAAAGCCCAUAAAAUGGGAUUUUUGCGUCAAAACAAAGAUGGCUCUACCUCAUUAAAUUUUCUCAUUAAGGAUGAAAACGAGGGGCCCGAAAAAGUAGUUAAUCUCGGCGAGCUGGUAGGGAAGCUGCAAAAAGGAUCAGGUCAGGUGCACAGUUAUCGUGAUGACAAACGCAAUGAGGCCAAAUUAGUGAAGACUUUACAUUAUGGGCCAUUUUCGUCUUUCGCACCUACUUUCGAUUCACGAUUUUCAACUCUGAAUAAAGAAGAAACGCAAUUUGUUAUGCAAACAUAUGGAGAUGCAACAAGCACAGAAUACGCAGAGAGUAUUUUACAAUUCACCAAAGAUUCCAGCUAUGCAACAAUGCUGGCCAAUGGUCUGCUCGAUGUCCUUACCAAUGGCGAACAUUCAAAGUGUAUGCAAGAUCUCUACGAUUUGCAAGUUCAAAACUACGAACAACAAGAAGCACUGAAGUGUUUCAAUAGCUUGGGUCCCAUUAUUGACAGCACGGCUAGCAGUGAAACGCGAGCUCAAAUUGAACACGAAUACGAAAAGUACAAAAAUACACGUAUUGAUUUCAACCGUUUACGUACCCUGAACGACUUAGGCAUUGAUGUUGGCUUUUUAGAUGAUAUCGAAAAGGAGAUGAAAAAUUUCGAAUUGACGCGUCGUUUGCAAGAACAUCUAAGUAAUAACUUAAAUUUAAUAGAUAAACUAAGGCAAACCCAGCACGAAAGAUUGUCACAACCACUGCCUCAGCACUUAGCUUUGGUGCCACAACCGUCAGCCGAAGAAACCCAGCUAGCUAAUCAGAUAACUCAACAGCUGGCAGAUGCAGCAAAAAAACUGCCGCCUUCAGCUAUAGCUGAUCCGUAUAGUUUACGCAAAGCAAUGGGUCUAUCAUUUGUGGGUUUACCACCACCACCCGAGCCCCCUCAACAUCUACAAGUGCCCUCAAUUUUACAAACACCUGUUACACUACCUAAUGUCAACUUUGCUACGACUUCAAACAAUUCAAAUAAUAAUCAACUAACAGAUUCCAAUGUUUCAUCCUCUACUACCGCUACUACCGCCAUGCCUAUGGAUUUAGAUGAUGUUACCACUAGUGCCGGAGGUGAUUUAGAAAAUGAACUACGUGAAUUUUUAGAAAGUGCUCCCGGUCUGCAUGCAGCCACCUCUUCCAAUUCGGAUGACAACAGUUUAGUAGCUCAAUUGUUAAUGAACUAGCACAGCUCUUAGUUUUAUCUACACUUCAUAAUAUUUCU